AGCUGACUGAAGGACUUGACAGACGGAGGCGUCGAUUUUAACCCUCAUGCAGACAAUUCGAGCAUCGGUGGAAUCGGAGCUAUCAAGACUCAAGCGAGCGCCUGCCGAACACACUUACGUAAAGAGCAAGUCCGAAUGCCUUCCAACCACACAGGUCAAGGUACAAGAUUCCAUACUCCAUCAUCUGAAGGAUACCAAGACCCGAUUUGUCUGGUUACGGGGUUCCCCAGGGACAGGGAAGACUGCGAUCGCUAAAAGCGUCGCGUCUACCCUCAAGACGCAGAACACUCUGGCGGCAUCCUUUUUCUGGGAUAAAAACCAGGUCGGAACGGGCCUUGAUUCCAUUGAGCUGUUCCCUUCCACGCUGGCACACCAACUCGCAUGCUUCGAUAGGGAAUUCAUGAUGUCACUUGUCAGGUGCCUUCGGCAGCAAGAUCUGCAACUGCCUCAGCAUCUGCCUCUAGAUAAGCAAAUGAAGGCUCUUAUUAUCGAGCCGAUGCGUAAUCUGAUGGAGGUAUUACCUUCCGGAAACGAUCGCCUUGUCAUCGUCUUAGAUGGUUUGGAUGAGUGUGGAGAUCUAGAAGCACUCGAACGUCUGAUGGAGCUUGUCCUUAUCCUCGAAGAGCUGCCAGCCACGUUUGCAGUAUUCAUUAGCUGUCGUCCUGAGUCGUUGGUUGUGUCGGCUUGGGAUGAAGCUCGGGAACGGGGCCUUGUCAUACCAUAUGAAGAUGUGGAUAAAAUUACGAAGGAGGAGAAAUAUCACACGAUCCGUUGUAUGGUGGAGGAUGGCCUUCGAGAUCGCAUCAAGAAAUCUCGGUGGAAACCUUCGGAGGAAGAUCUCGAUGCUUUUACUUUGGCUUGUCGUGAAUUGCCUGUUAUGGCGUCAAUCCGAAUUCGCGAAGUCAUCUCGCAGACACGGCAUGGUCGCACCCUGCAGACAGAGUUCCAGUACCUGCUCAAUCUCUCCGAUCCACCGACCAGUCUCAACUCGGAGUACUUGCGAAUACUUCGAAGGGCCUAUAUGCCCGAUUCAUCUGCAGUGCCUGUCGAUGUAGCAAAGAUGUAUCAUCUAUUGGUUGGCACGAUUAGUUCGGCACAUGAAUCACUGAGUGUGUAUUCUAUGUCGCAGCUUUUAGGAAUUGCCAAGGAUGAGGCCCAAGCCACAUUGGAACCGAUUAGCUCAAUCAUUGAACUUCCUUCGGAGGAUAGGAAAGAUGUUAAAUUCUAUCAUGCCACAGCGCAAGAAUUUAUAACGGGGAGUCCGAUUGGUAAUGAAAAUGACAAAGUAUUUUUUAUCAAGGACAAGAAAGGAUAUUUUCUUGGACCGCUACUCCUUCGAUUUUUCAAUAAUUGUUGCAAGCGGAAUGAAUUUAGGAUACCCACUAAUCCCCCUCUUGGUGACAAAGAAAAAUGGGCAGAUUUUGAACCCUCCGGGUUCCAACCUGAUCACAUCAAAUACGUCAUUCUCACCGUACUUGACCACCUGGACCCUGCACAACUCUUUUCACGAGAGUCCAAUGAUGAUGAAUUGCAGAACGAGUUCAAUUCCUUCCUUACACAAAACUUGCUUACAUUCCUGCACAUGGAAGGGUACCCUGAUGUAAGAGGAUUUGAUGAAUUCAAUAAACAUGACACAAUUGAACUCCUCCGAGAAGGUGCAGCGAUGUAUAGGCUCGAUCCAUGGUUGCUUCAUCGAUCUAUGUCUCUUUUCUGCCCACCCAGGUCGUCUUUUUAUAAACUGUAUGGCCACCUCUCUGACCCUCUUCGGAUCUUUGGUACUUCCAGCAAGAUUUCAAACCACUUCAUUCCAUUGAGCGAGGCUUUGCUUAAUGCCCGAAUGUCUAUGGAGGCGAAAUUAGAUGGAUUGCCAAAGAAGGUUACAGAAUGGAGUGCUGAAGUGAUCAAUUACGAAGCUGAACUCCGUGAGCCUGAUGUCCGUAAUGGCAUUGUGACGUGCUCAGCACUCUCAAGAGAUGGCCGAUACAUUGCACUCGGGUUUGGUAGUGGUGUUAUUGAGAUUGCUGAUAUCGAUGAUCAGCAUACGAUCUCUCAGUUCCAGAAUCAUCCACCCAAUCCGCCAGCAUGGAUUGAGUUUAUCCAUGGUCAUCAUCGUGUUGCCACUGAGGAUGUCGAUGGGAACAUUGCUAUCUAUGGCCAUCGUGCGCUCCCUGUGAAACUUGGCAUUCUCCCCAUAGGUGCCUAUCCUGUCGUAACUGCAGUCUCAGAUAGUGGAUUCUUCAUUAUACGAGUCCUACGGGAUCCUGGAAAGCCUUGGUACAACAACAUGGCGCGUAUAUACAUUUCAGAUGACCCGCACAUUAAGCUCCUUGCCUCUCCUCCUUCCGAAUCUCCCAUUCAACCCUUCCAUUCCAAUUCCGAUCCAGCCUUUCCUGGGCGACACACGGUUGCAUUUUCUCCAGGGGCACGGUAUAUUGCUGCCUUUGAUGGGCACAACGCUUUCAUCUGGUCGACGGAAUCGGGUGAUUUUAUUGCACAUUAUGACAUACAGGGAGACAGAUCUUGGAUUAUAAAUCCUGGCUUGGCUCCUACUUGCCCAUAUCACAUCCCUCAUCCGGUAUCUACUCGACUCACUCUUCCGUUGGCAGGUGACACAGUCUAUGGGCAUCAUUCCUGGGUGGACGCGGGGCCUGACUCGGACGAGUCUUGGAUCAGGCGUCCAUUUUUCUAUCACUUACCAGAAGAUGAAAGGGGCUAUUCAAUUGCUGCAGGAAGGACCCCACUAGUCCAUGCCUCCCGUAAGGUAUGGUUGAAUGGUGGCCCGCAACUCGCUGUCCCAGACGAGUAUUGCCCAGUUCCUGUCAUGGCAAACAGCACCAAUGGCGUACAGCCCUGGUACGGUGAUCAACUGAUCAAUUAUAUCAACAAUUUCUAUUGUCCUCAGUCCAGCAAGGAUGGUACUCGGAUUCUGCUCCAGGGCCGGAUGAAAGCUCCCAUUCUCAUCGAUAUUGGCCAAGCUGCCUGGUAUUCAAGUGCCACGCUUGACUCAAACCUCCCCUCGAAGUUUUAGAUAAACCAGAGAGCGACUGGAGAGGAGUCUGUGCUUGACUAUGAAAUCCCAGUUCCUAGCGAUCAUUCUCUUUGCAGAGCAUCAUCAGACGAUUCUGCUUCUGAAACAUCUAAAAUCGACUGCUUUAGUGUUUCGCUUCUGUAUAGGAGUUCGCAUUAUAUGUCUAUUUUAUGUGCGUUUUUUACAUCUGUAACUUUAAACAUCUCACCCAACCAUAAGGAGAGCUGGGUACACGUGGAUGAGAGAGUAGCGAUGAUCUUGCAAUGCAGCUGCCUGGAAAGCUGAGGAUGGGGGAAGACGAGGGGAUAGCACCAGCUUGAAGAUACAUAGAUGCGACAAUGUUGAAGUGCAGGUUGAAGCACA